UUUGACGUCCAGCUGGACAUUUAUUUCAGCUGAGACGAACCAAGCGGUGCGCCAAAUGUGAACCGGACCCACCCCCAGAGCGCAAAGCACACCACGGCAGUUUUUGCACCGGCCACCCGUAGCACAGGUACGUGGCGGCAAACCUGGACGGCGUGCACGCCGGCUGCGCCCUGGUGGACCGGGUGCUGAGCAUGGUCGACCCCGUGCUGUUCAACUACCUCGAGAGCAAGUUCCUGACGGCGAACAUCUACGCCUUCCCGCUGGUGAUGAGCCUGCACGCCUGCGUUCCCCCCUUGGAGGAGGCGGUCAAGCUGUGGGACGCGGUGUUUUCGUUCGGCGUGCACCUCGAGGUCCUCGUCUGCGUCGCUCAGUGCGUCUCCCUGCGAGAUACCCUGCUGCAAGACCCCAACCCGUACCGACAUCUGAACGCGCGCAACCUACCGCCCCUGGACGCGGAGCUGUUGGUCUCGAUGGCGUUUUCCCUCAUCCCGCACCUACCCUCGGAGAUGAUGGACGAAAUAGCCCAGCACCCGUUCUUGGAGGAGCCGUGGCAGGGGAGCGAAGGAGGUGACAACAAGCGUGGCGGUGGUGGUGGUGGCGGCGGCGGUGGUGGUGGUGGCGGCGGCGGUGGCGGUGCUGGUAGCAGUGGCGGUGAUGACGACGACGGCGGCGGCUGCGGCGGAUCUUGAGGAGGGGGGCUGAGUUGCUUACCUACGCACGGCGGUCGCGAUGAUGUUUGCAUUUUUACCCUUGGUCUUUAGUAUAUGUUUUUUCACGUGUUUUUUUGGCGUUCCCUGCAAAAGGAACAAAUGAAAGCAUGUGUUGUUUCGGUUUGGAAGGAGGUGGAAGUGAGGGAGGGUUUGCGUCCUCGCCGUAGCUGCGGUGUGGCGCCAGAGACGUGCGAUUCCCAUGGGUGGAAACCAUCGCGUCUUGGGGAGGAAUGGGCGGGUGAUACGGCGUCAAGCUUCAUGCAGCGUCGAACCGCUUUCACUGUCUCCGAACACUCAGCAGCAGGGCGUGUGGAGGCCGUACCUUCGCCGCGACGCCCGUUUUUAGGCGGUGCGAUUCCUGUGCCGAAACGGCAUCAAUUCUGUGGAGGUGCGGUACACACGGUGAUUUACAUGCUUAGUACAUGCCGUUGUCCGCUAGUGAACAAGCCGUGCGCGAGUUUGAUGAUAGAUACUGAGUUGUGUGGUUGGUGUACAUAGAAACUCUCUUGCGUCUCGUGCUCUCCACAGAGGAGGCACGGGCAAAAACAAUCCGUGUUGUUUCCGGCGUGUAGAAAAGUUAUAAUUAACCCUGUUACAACUACUACAACGGACGUGGGCAGUGUAAACGCGCAAGAUCACGCGUGUUGUUGCGCGUCGUGUCAUACGCCGCCACCGCGCGUGGGAACAAAU